AUGGCCUCCCAAGGAGGCCUCACGCGGCGGCGUGGUGGUGGUGGUGGUGGUGGUGGUGCAAACGGCCCCAAUGCCGAAGACGAAUCAUCCUCAAGCCGUGUUACUUCCCCUGCGCCUAAAGCCUAUAAUGAUCGGUCUCCCGAGACCGCGUAUGAGAGUGGUGAGAAUGGCCACAAAAUUGCCUACGACCCCAGAGAUAUUAGUGAGAGUGAAGAGCGGAGUAAACAGCCAAAAUUGACCUUGAUGGAGGACAUACUGCUACUUGGUCUGAAGGACAAACAGGGAUACUUGUCCUUUUGGAACGAUAACAUUUCAUAUGCUCUACGAGGCUGCAUCGUGAUUGAGCUUGCCUUUCGUGGUCGAAUCAGUAUGCAGAACGACUCAGCCAGACGACGGUUUCCUUUGGCCGAUCGCAUAAUUGAAGUCAUCGAUGACACCCUUACUGGAGAAGUUCUACUCGACGAAGCCCUCAAAAUGAUGAAAUCAAGUGAGAAGAUGAGUGUGAGCUCCUGGAUUGACCUUAUGAGUGGCGAGACGUGGAACUUGAUGAAAAUCGGUUAUCAAUUGAAACAAGUCCGAGAGCGACUUGCAAAGGGUCUGGUCGACAAAGGCAUUCUUCGAACCGAAAAGCGUAACUUCCUGCUAUUCGACAUGGCCACUCAUCCCGUGGUUGAUGCUGCUGCAAAGGACGAGAUCCGCAAGCGAGUUCGGAACGUCUGCUCAAAUCGUACCGUCGUUCUCCCCCCAUCCCAGUUUCUUCCUGCAGAACUAGACUUCCGAAUGCUACGGACAGUCAGCAUGGUCUGCGCUUCCUACGCGGCCAAUGUUCUGGAGAAUGCACUUGUCACGAUGAGUCAUGAGGCACGGGAAAGAGCAUUUGCACAGGUUGACGAACUACUUGCGGAAUACAGCCAGUGGCCAUUUGCCAAGAGAGCCGGUGGAGGCCAGGGCAUCGGUGCUAACAUAGGCCAGGUGAUUGCCGAUGAAGUGGAGAAGAACAAGGAUAAGGAAUUACAGCUUGAGGUUGUGGCCGCUUGCCUCAGUGUAUUCACCCGCCUUGACUCCUUGCUAUGA